GCGAGGUCUCAUUGGAAGAGAAAGUCGAAGAUUAUUCAGAGCAGUGUUUAUCCUCAAGUAGUUGUCUAUUUGUUUUAUCCCAAAAGAAAAAAUACAACUCUUUGACAAUGUCUUUUAACAAGGGUCCAGCCUUCGGAUUAUCAGCGGAAAUCAAAAACAAGAUCGCACAGAAGUAUGACGCUCAGAAAGAGGAGGAGCUGAGGGUCUGGAUCGAAGACCAAACCGGCUGUACCAUCGGGCCCGACUUCCAGAAAGGCCUGAAGAAUGGAGUCAUUCUGUGCACCCUUAUGAACAAACUGAGCCCAGGCUCUGUGAAAAAGGUCAACCAGUCAGCGCUGAACUGGCAUCAGCUGGAGAACCUGACGAACUUUUGCAGAGCCACCACAGCGUUCGGCCUGAAGCCUCAUGAUCUCUUCGAAGCCAACGACCUGUUUGAAAACGGCAACAUGACGCAAGUCCAGUCGACGCUGCUCGCUCUCGCUAGCAUGGCCAAGACCAAGGGCUGCCAUUCGAACACGGACAUUGGGGUGAAGUACUCUGACAAGCAGGAGAGGAAGUUUGAUGAUGAGAAGAUGAAGGCAGGACAGUGUGUCAUUGGACUACAGAUGGGGACCAACAAAUGUGCCAGUCAAGCAGGUAUGAACGCAUAUGGCACCCGGAGGCACCUCUAUGACCCCAAAGUUCAGAUCCAGCCCCCCAUGGACAACACAACCAUCAGCCUGCAGAUGGGAACCAACAAGGGCGCCAGCCAGGCUGGGAUGACGGCUCCGGGGACACGGCGGGCCAUCUACGAUCAGAAGAUGGGCACGGACAAGUGUGACAACAGCACCAUGUCCCUGCAGAUGGGCUACAGCCAGGGAGCCAACCAGAGCGGCCAGAACUUUGGCCUGGGCCGGCAGAUCUAUGACGCCAAGUACUGUCCUAAAGCCGCAGAGGUCCCAGACGAGCAAAACGGAGCUGUCGGCGCCCGUGAAUACAUCCCAGAAUUACAAGAUGAGGGUUACCAAGGUUACCAGGAAGAAGAGCCGGUGUGCCAAGAAGAUGGGACAGAUUACUAGGAAGGAAGGGAAAGAGAUUUUCCAAAGGAGGCAUAAAUCCUCAAGUCUCACAGGAUGUGGAACCUUUUUCUUUGGUCAGAUCCUUUUUAGUAUUGUACGGAAUUGUUUUCUUACCCCUAUUUGUGCGAGAACCAAUGUUACACGCCUCAUGAUGAACUGUAUUUCUGUGAUUUUUGUAUUUAAAGUGACCAUGAAAGUCAAUCUCAUUGGCUUGGCUAGUUUUCUAUCCCAGGGAUGUGCCAAAGCACAUAUUUUUCUCAGUGUUUUUUGCUGAGCUAUUGAUUACAUUAAGGGAGAUUCCAAGGCUUUAGUAAGGGCAACUAAAAACUGAAAGUAAAAGUGAAACGUUAGUUGUUGUUUUUUUUUAAGUAUGUAAAACAUGUUUUCGAUCAAACACCCAUGUCUGUGUUAAUCUGUAACAUUCCAUCCUCUGUACAAAGAACCAUGAUUCCUGUGAAUGUGUUUGUACUUCAGUAUCGUCUUUUCCCCCUCAGUAUUGUUAUUUGACAAACAGAAGUGAAAAUGUUCGGUUACCGAGACCAAUGAGGGAACAAUAAUCUUAGCUUUUUAUAAAGUGUCAUUUCUCUCAUUCAUUUCCCUUUUUUCUCAUAAGUGAAGGAAAUAUUUCCUUUGUUUGCAUAACCAGUCCAACUGGAGUAAAGCUUGUUUUCUUUGGAUAAAACAUGGGGGGGGGGGAAGUGGACACAAUAACACAAGUGACGUUUUUAACAUUCCGAGCAAAAAUACUGGAUUCUUUUGUGUCAGUAAAGUUAAAGGGUUGAAAUGCAAAGCAAUCAUGACUAUAUUUGGUCAUUUAUGAUUAUUAUUUAUGCAUAUUUGAAUGGGGGUUGUUUUGUACCUUGACUCUGAGUAUCCUUUGGUAUGUGCCUCAUUUAUUUCCUUUUGUAUUGAGAAGUAUGUUUUUGUGAAGAAUGUAAUAAAGACGUGUAUUCAUUA